AUGGCGUUCGACACCGUGGUCACCGCGCUCACGGCUGGGGAGGUGACGCUCGUCGUCGUCGCGUGCUGCGUCGGGGCGUUCCUCAUCGGGGCGGUGGGCAUCGGCGGCGUCGUCGUCCUCCCGGCGUUGCUCGUGGCGGGGGUGGCGUUGGGGCCGGCGAUCGCGUCCGUGUACGUCGCGUUUCUCCCGGCGGGUGUUUUGAAGCUGUGCGUGCUGGGUCGGGUGCGGGGGCUGAUUCCUUGGCGGGCGGCGUUGGCGUGCGGCGCGCCCGCGGCGGUGGGCGCGGCGGCGGGCGGGGUGCUCGUGGAGUCGAGCCCGCGGCGGGUGAUGACGUUCCUGGUCGGUGGCGUCGCGGCGUUGGCCGGACUUCGAGACGCGAUGGAGAUCGUGGAUCGCAAACUGAAGGCGCGCGCCGCGUCGAGGGUUACGGGCGGAGCGAACGGCGAGACGCGCGCGGGUGGAACCGCGAACGUCGAGACGGCGAACGAGAACGGGAAGCGAACACACGAUAGUGGAGACACGGUAAAUAGUACGCACACGCACGAAUCUAUCGUCGAGGUCGAGGUCGUUUCGCCGGCAGAGGCGCCGGAGGAGCAGACGACGACUCUCGGGAGAACGCCGUCGUCAUCGACGACAUCUUUCGUAGACCGGUUCAGAAAGUGGUACUUCGUCGCACAAGUUAUCCCGUCGCACGAGCGCUGGGAACCGACGAAUAACGAGCUCGGUGUUCUCGCUGUGACUGGCUUACUAGUGGGUUUAAGCUCGGUGUUGACCGGGACAGGUGGGCCACUGAUCUUUAUCCCGUUUGUUCUCACAUGGAAACGAAGUUCAUCAAUUAACCGCAAGACGAUCAUCGGGUGUUCCGCGGUUUUAGCCGCGUUUUUGAGUUCCGCCGCCGUCGUGUCGUUGUUGAGCGCAGGUCUACGACCCGAUCCCGGUUUGACGAUUUUAAUGGCAUUCUGCGCCGCUGGAGGUAUUGGAGCUGGGGCGCGGAUUUUGCAAAUCGCGAGCAGGGAGUUUUUACAGUCCGCAAUGACGGUUUUAUUGUUGGCGGUCGCCGGAGCGACAAUCGCGAAAGCGGCGACGGAGUGA